CAGGCGGAACCUGCUCUGCUGGGCCCGGUGGCUGCAAAAGAACUUUCUUUCUCCCGCCCCAGCGGUCGCCGCGGCCAACUGUCUUGCCCGCCCAGCCGCCCAGCCCGCCUCCGCUUCUCUCCUUGUCCGGCUGCGCGCGGCCCUGUCUCCUCUCGCCCGGCGGUAUCCUCUGCUGCCACCUCGUCUCUAUCCGGCCCGCCCGCCCGCCCGCUCGCCCGCUGCAGUGAUGUGCGACAAGGAGUUCAUGUGGGCCCUGAAGAACGGAGACCUGGAUGAGGUGAAAGAUUAUGUGGCCAAGGGAGAAGAUGUCAACCGGACACUGGAAGGUGGGAGGAAGCCUCUGCACUAUGCAGCAGACUGUGGGCAGCUGGAGAUCCUGGAGUUCCUGCUGCUGAAAGGAGCGGACAUCAAUGCUCCAGACAAGCAUCACAUCACCCCUCUUCUGUCCGCUGUCUACGAGGGCCACGUGUCCUGCGUGAAACUGCUGCUGUCAAAGGGUGCCGAUAAGUCGGUGAAAGGCCCGGACGGACUGACUGCCCUUGAAGCCACUGACAACCAGGCCAUCAAAGCGCUGCUCCAGUGAUGGGCGGUGGCCUGGCGGUCCUGAAGGACGACUCUCCUGUGGCCUCACACUGCUGCCUGUCUGUCUGUCACUCUCUAUCUGCCAGCUGCUUCAGCUCAAUUCUUUACGAGGGGUGAGGGGAGAGAGAAAUUCAUAACCAGUCACACUACCAG